CCUCAUCGGGUUACAGAGGUGAAACCCAACGCUAGCGCUACAGAAACGACGAAACCAAAAUGGCGGCUAUCCCCUGACAGGAGGAAGACAGCAGCUGCAGCAGAUUACGUCUCCAGGAACCAACUGUGGCUAGGUUUACUGCUGUACAGAAAACUACAACUCCCUGCAGGCGCCGCGCGGCCCGGCUAGUGGAGCUGGGAAGGAAGGUGAGGGGCGGAGCUGAUAAAUAGUGACACAGAGCACCCACCUCACGUAAGAUAGUGGAGUGUGCAGCAAGCAGAUACGUAUUCGUUUUUCUUUUCGUUACCACUGCCUUGUGGCUCUUGUUGAGAGUAGGGGCUGUGGAGCUACAGUGAGGAGGGAGCUUAAGCUUGUUUGCCUCGGCGCCAGCUGGUCUCUGGCAAGGGCGGGCAGUGCUGCUCAGAUAGAGCCUGCUGCUCCUUCAGCAGCAGUAGCAGAGCGAGGAGACGGCUGAGGCUGCUGCUGGGGGGCGGGGUUGCUUGGCUCUUUCCUGCUCGGCUAUGUCAGACAAUCAGAGUUGCAAUUCCUCCAGCUCUGAAGAGGAUCCCGAGACCGAGCUCGGGCUGCCUGUUGAGCUCUGCGGGGUGCUCAGCAAGUGGACCAACUACAUUCAUGGGUGGCAGGAUCGUUGGGUAGUUCUGAAAAGCAGCACACUUAGUUACUACAAGUCUGAAGAUGAAACGGAGUAUGGCUGCAGAGGCUCUAUCUGUCUGAGCAAGGCUGUGAUCACGCCCCAUGACUUUGAUGAAUGCAGAUUUGAUAUUAGUGUAAAUGAUAGUGUUUGGUAUCUCCGAGCUCAGGACCCAGACCACAGACAACAGUGGGUAGAUGCAAUAGAACAGCACAAGACUGAAUCUGGCUAUGGAUCAGAGUCAAGUUUACGACGCCAUGGCUCCAUGGUCUCUCUUGUUUCUGGAGCAAGUGGAUACUCUGCAACAUCCACCUCUUCAUUCAAGAAGGGCCAUAGCUUACGUGAGAAGCUUGCAGAAAUGGAAACCUUUAGGGACAUCUUGUGUAGACAAGUUGAUACUUUACAGAAAUACUUUGAUGCCUGUGCAGAUGCAGUUUCCAAAGAUGAACUCCAGAGGGAUAAAGUGGUAGAAGAUGAUGAAGAUGAUUUUCCUACAAUGCGAUCCGAUGGGGACUUUUUACAUAACAGUAACAGCAGUAAGGAAAAAUUGUUUCCACAUGUGACACCCAAAGGAAUUAAUGGCAUAGACUUUAAAGGAGAAGCUAUAACUUUCAAGGCAACUACUGCUGGAAUCCUUGCUACACUCUCUCAUUGUAUUGAACUCAUGGUAAAACGUGAAGAAAGCUGGCAAAAAAGACUAGAUAAGGAGAUAGAGAAAAGGAGAAGAAUUGAAGAAUCAUACAAAAAUGCUGUGACAGAACUGAAGAAAAAGUCCCACUUUGGAGGGCCAGACUACGAGGAGGGUCCUAAUAGUCUGAUUAAUGAAGAAGAAUUCUUUGAUGCUGUUGAAGCUGCUCUCGAUAGACAGGAUAAAAUGGAAGAACAGUCCCAAAGUGAGAAGGCCAGAUUACACUGGCCAACAUCCUUACCUUCUGGAGAUGCAUAUUCUGCUGUGGGGGCUCAUAGAUUUGUCCAAAAGCCCUAUAGUUGCUCUUCCUCCAUGUCUUCCAUUAAUCUAGUCAGUGCCUUGGAUGUUCACAGAUUCAGCACCCAGGUGGAAGAGAUGGUACAAAACCAUAUGACAUACUCCUUGCAAGAUGUAGGAGGAGAUGCCAAUUGGCAGCUAGUGGUAGAAGAAGGAGAAAUGAAGGUGUACAGAAGAGAGGUGGAAGAGAAUGGAAUAGUUUUAGAUCCUUUGAAAGCAACGCAUGCUGUUAAAGGGGUAACAGGGCAUGAAGUUUGCCACUACUUCUGGAAUGUUGAUGUUCGUAAUGACUGGGAAACAACAAUUGAAAAUUUCCAUGUUGUGGAAAAUUUAGCUGAUGAUGCAAUCAUCAUUUACCAGAUGCAUAAGAGGGUGUGGCCAGCUUCUCAAAGGGAUGUGCUGUACUUGUCUGCCAUCAGAAAGAUACCAGCAUUCAAUGAAAAUGAUCCUGAAACGUGGAUUGUGUGCAAUUUCUCUGUGGAACAUGACAGUGCUCCUCUGAACAAUCGCUGCGUCCGUGCCAAAAUAAAUAUUGCUAUGAUUUGUCAGACCUUAGUAAGCCCACCAGAGGGGAACAAGGAAAUAAGCAGGGACAAUAUCCUAUGCAAGAUUACAUAUGUAGCUAAUGUGAACCCAGGAGGAUGGGCACCAGCAUCAGUGUUACGGACAGUGGCAAAACGAGAAUAUCCAAAGUUCUUAAAGCGUUUUACAUCAUAUGUGCACGAGAAAACGGCAGGAAAGCCUAUUUUAUUCUAGUAUUAGCAGUGAUCAGAACAAGACUGGGUGAGCAUUCCAUGUUGAAGUGACCAUGCAUAGAGCACUCCAUGCUGGAAUGAAGGAUCGACAGUCUUUUUAUGGCCGAAGUUCUAGGCUAUGUAUACUGAAGUAAAGAAGUGUUGUGACACCACGAGGCUGAAUAUUUAACACUAGCUCUCUCCUGAAUUUUCUUGCAAAAUCAGUGUGUAAUUAUAAAUAGAUGUAUUGAUAAUAUGUAUACGGCUAUUUUAUUUGCUUGCUAUAGAAGAGGAAGAAUGUGUACAACUUUGAAUUACCAACAGUGGUUACUGCUUUAAUUUUAAGCAACUUGCAGAAUUUCACUAUCAAUGUUCCUAAGAUAGUUGUGCAGGUUUUGUAUAUGUCUAAAAAGCACAAAAGACAAAUGCACAUAUAGCAUACUGUAUAUGCUUUAUAUGCACAAAAAUCUAUGUGGUAUUUUGGGGGGGAGGGAGUUCAGUAAAGCCU